AUGGACCUAGAUGCCGUGCUGAGAACGUGCCUGUCCAACGACAAUCAGAAGCGCAAGGAAGCAGAGGGCGCACUACAGGCGGCUGGCAAGGAUGUUUCCAUCAUUCCACAGCUCAUUACGAGGGUCUGCUCCUCAGAGGACGCCUCCGUGAGGCAAAUCGCGGCCCUGUUCCUCAAGAAGCGCAUUGGGAAGCACUGGAAGGCUCUUGACGAGAACGCCCGGACGGCCAUCAAGGCAGCCCUGCUGGAGAGGAUGCUGCACGAGCCCGUGCAUCCCGUCAAGACAGCCGUGAUGGGCGCCGCCUCGGUUAUCGCGCGGGAUGCGGUCCCGAAAGGCACCUGGCCGCAGCUACUGGACUUCCUCGCGCAGUGCUGCGCCUCCCAGGAUGCGGAGCACCGGCACGUCGCCAUGUCGCUGUUCUGCUCGCUGAUGGAGUACAUCGCCGAGGAGCUGCGGCCACACUACACGACACUGCAGCAGGUCUUCGUCGCUGGCCUGGGCGACGCGACGCCCGCCAUCCGCCGCGUCGCCGUCAAGGCCGUGAUGGCACUCAUGACGGGGGCGGCGGGGGACGCGGACCUCGUGGAUCUCGGAGUGCUCGUGCCGGCGCUGGCUGCUUGCAUCGAAGCAUCGCUCAGGGAGGGCGAGGACGACGUGGCCAUCAACGCCUUUGAAGCGGUCACGGAUGCCGUGGAGUUCCCCUCGGCGGCCUUGCAGGCAGUCGUGCAGCCGACCGUCCGUUUCGCGCUCUCGGUGGCGUGCAAUGCAGAGCACGACCUGGGCGUCAGAGAGGCCUCGCUGUCGGUGAUCCACAUGCUCGCGAGCUACAAGCCGAAGCUGCUGUCCAAGAGCGGCCUCGCGGCCGAGGUGACCGGCAACCUGUGCAAGCUCCUGUGCGAGCCCGACCCAGAGGACCACGAUGAAUCCAGCCAAGCAUCUGCCCGGAAGUUCGGCGGCCAGGCUCUCGACGAGGUCGCGCGAGGCGUGUCCUCGAAGCACGUGCUGCCCACGGUCCUGUCCUUCUUGGAGUCGGCCGUGCACAACCAGGACGCCAACAUCAGGGCUGCAGGGGUGGAUGCAGUCGGCAUCGUCGCCGAAGGCUGCAGCGAGCCGCUGCGCAAGAAGUUGAAAGUGAUUCUGUCAGUGACCCUGGCUGGCAUGAAUGACGCGGAGCCCGUCGUGCGCCGGAAGGCGGCGGGCACACUGGGCCAACUGGCCGAGUGGCUGCAGCCUGACAUUGUGGAGUAUCACCAGGAGGUGAUUCCCGCGCUGUUCAAGAUACUGCAUGACUCUGACCCGGACGUUGCUGAGGCGGGCUGCUACGCGCUGGACACCUUCUGCGAGUACUUGGGAGACGACAUUCUGCCAUUCGUCGGACAGCUGAUGGAGGCCCUGGUUGCGCUGCUGAAGAACUCGCCGCUGCGCGUGCAAGAGCUCGCUCUGUCCGCGAUGGCGUCCAUCGCUGCGUCCGCCGAGACCGCCUUCACUCCGCAUGCGGAGCAAUUGCUGCCGCUCCUGCACCAGCUCAUGACGCGAACUGAAGAUGACAUUCUGAGUGCUAGGGCCCGCGCGACCGAGUGCGCCGGCCUCGUCCUUCAGGCCAUCGGGAAGGAGCAGGCCAUCAAAGCUGCUGGACCAUUCGUGGACGCAACAAUGGCGGGGUUCGCCCUCGACUUCAGCGAGCUGCGCGAGUGGUCGUACGGCUUCUUCGCCCACCUGGCUGACGUCCUCGGCGAGGAUGCCAAGCCUCUGGUCAGUCAGGUCGUUCCUCGGGCGCUGACCUCAUGCGGGCUGCAGGACGCUGUGCGGGACAAGGACGGCGUCCUCGACCUCGAAGACUCAGACGACGACGAACCCAUCAAGGGGUUCUCUGUGCGCACAGGGGUGAUGGACGAGAAGUGCGCUGCAACACACUGUUUGGGUCGCUUGUCCCGAGCUACCGGCCCGCACUUCAUGGACGCCAUGCCUCAAGCGAUGCCCGUGGUCGUGGAGAUGACAAACUACUUCCACGAAGAAGUACGGCGGCAGGCAUACCUCGCGUGUGCUGGGCUGCUGAUAGCCGCCUACAAAGGCUGGGCUGUGCGCGCCAUCGAUGACGAUGCCUGUCAGGAGAUGUCCGAACAGCUCAUGGGGUGCAUCGUGGGGGCGUUCUCCGUGGACGACGACAUGAGUGCGCUUGCGAGUGCGCUCGACGCUGCGGACGAGGUGAUCAAGGAGAUCGGGGCGGAGGCGAUGGAAAAGCACCUGUUGCCGCUGGUGCGGAUUUGCGCGUUGGUGCUCGAAGGCGACACCAUUGCACAGCAGGCAGCUCGCGAAGACAGUGACGACGAAAUCGACGGCGAAAACGACGAUGCGGAGGAGUUGCUCACUUCAGCCAGCGACUUGAUAGCGACCAUUGCCGGCGCCUUUGGGGCUGAGGCCUUCGCUCCAGUAAUGCGAGAACAUAUCAUCGGUCCUCUGAGGGGCCUGAUGCGACCCGAGAAGCCCGCCAGCGCGAGGCAGAUCGCCAUCGGCUGCUUUGCAGAGUGUGUGGAAGUUCUGCAGGCGCGCGCCGAGGAUUUCGUGGAGGAGAUCGUGCCAGUGCUGUUGCGGGAACUUCGCUCCGAGGAGUCGGAGAACCGCCGGAACGCGGCGUUCUGCUCGGGCAUACUGUUUUUGCACUGUAUGUCCAAGGUGAGUCCACGUUAA